AUGGCCCUGGAGGAGAAGCGGGAGAAGCGGCCGCCCGUCACCCCCAUGAUGAUCGAGGAGGAGGCAGCCCUGCGCAACGGCAGCCGUGGACUGCCACCGGGGCCCUGGGCCGAGGCGGCGGGGCCGCGACCCCGCACGACGGAGCGGCACAUCGCCGUGCACAAGCGCCUGGUGCUGGGCUUCGCCGUCUCCAUCCUGGCGCUGCUGGCCGUGACCAUGGUGGCCGUGCUGCUCAGCGUCCGCUUCGAGGAGUGCGGCGCCGCCGCCGACGGACCCCCGCGGGCCGCCAACAACGGGAGCCUGCCGGGACUCGCGGCUGGGCAGCCCCGCGGCCGGGCCGAGCCGCGGGAGGAGACGCGGGGCGGGGAGGAGGCGGCGGAGCAGCAGCAACAGCAGGAGGAGGAGGAGGAGGAGGAGUGGCAGCGGCGACGGCAGCUGCCGCCCUGGGCCCGGCCACGGCUGCCGCGGCACCUACGACCGCUGCAUUACAACCUGAUGCUGAACGCCUUCAUGGAGAACUUCACCUUCUGCGGGGAGGUGAACGUGCAGCUGGAGGUGCGCAACGCCAGCCGCUACAUCGUGCUGCACGCCCACCGCAUGCACAUCGAGGCGGUGCGCGUGGCCGAGGACAAGCUGGCGGGCGCCGUGCGGGUGGCACGGUCCUUCCUCUACCCCCAGACCCAGGUCCUGGUCGUCGUCCUCAACCGCAGCUUGGAGGUGCAGCGGAGUUACAACCUCAAGAUCAUCUACAACGCGCUCAUCGAGAACGAGCUGCUCGGCUUCUUCCGCAGCUCCUACGUCCUGCACGGCGAGCGCAGGUUUCUUGGUGUUACGCAGUUCUCUCCUACUCAUGCCAGAAAAGCCUUUCCUUGCUUUGAUGAGCCCAUCUACAAGGCCACUUUCAAAAUCAGCAUCAAGCAUCAGGCAACUUAUAUAUCUUUGUCCAACAUGCCAGUUGAAACAUCUGUUUUUGAAGAAGAUGGGUGGGUUACAGAUCACUUUUCACAAACCCCUCUGAUGUCCACAUAUUACCUGGCUUGGGCAGUGUGCAAUUUUACAUACCGGGAAACCAUCACCAAGAGUGGAGUCGUUGUACGAUUGUACGCAAGGCCUGAUGCAAUCCGAAGAGGAUCAGGAGACUAUGCCCUAAAUAUUACAAGAAGACUCAUUGAAUUUUAUGAAGAUUAUUUUAAAGUGCCCUAUUCCCUGCCUAAAUUAGAUCUGUUAGCUGUGCCUAAACAUCCCUAUGCUGCUAUGGAGAACUGGGGACUGAGUGUUUUUGUGGAGCAAAGGAUACUACUGGAUCCAAGCAUUUCUUCUAUAUCAUACCUGCUGGAUGUCACCAUGGUCAUUGUACAUGAGCUAUGUCAUCAGUGGUUUGGUGACCUCGUGACUCCAGUUUGGUGGGAGGAUGUGUGGUUGAAAGAGGGUUUUGCUCACUAUUUUGAAUUUAUUGGGACAGACUACCUCUACCCAGGAUGGAACAUGGAAAAGCAGAGAUUUCUGACAGAUGUUCUACAUGAAGUGAUGUUGCUAGACGGUUUGACCAGUUCACAUCCAGUAUCCCAGGAGGUGCAGCAAGCCACAGACAUUGACAGGGUGUUUGACUGGAUUGCAUAUAAAAAGGGUGCAGCUUUAAUUCGAAUGCUGGCUAAUUUUAUGGGUCACUCUGUGUUUCAAAUGGGCUUGCAAGACUAUUUAACCAUUCACAAGUAUGGCAAUGCAGCCAGAAAUGAUCUCUGGAACACAUUGUCAAAGGCUUUAAAAAGGGUUGGAAAAUCUGUAAAUAUCCAAGAAGUAAUGGAUCAAUGGACGCUACAGAUGGGUUAUCCUGUUAUCACCAUCUUGGGAAAUGAAACUACGGACAAUGUCAUAGUAAUCUCCCAAGAGCGUUUUGUUUAUGAUAGUGAUACUAAAACCAAGGAUUCUGGCCUUGGAGACAACAGCUACUUGUGGCAGAUUCCAUUAACAAUUGCAGUAGGAAAUACGAGCCACAUCUCAUCAGAGGCAAUUAUAUGGGUGUCUAACAAAUCAGAACACCACAGAAUUCCUGCUUUGGAAGAGGCAAGUUGGUUGCUGGGGAACAUCAACCAGACUGGCUACUUCAGAGUUAAUUAUGAUAUUAGGAAUUGGAGGCUGCUGAUUAAUCAGCUGACAAGGAACCAUGAGGUUAUCUCUGUCAGCGAUCGAGCAGGCUUGAUCGAUGAUGCAUUCAAUCUAGCCAGAGCUGGUUAUUUGCCUCAGAAUAUUCCUUUGGAGAUCAUCAGAUACCUUUCAGAGGAGAAGGAUUUUCUACCUUGGCAUGCAGCCAGCCAAGCUCUUUAUCCUCUAGAUAAAUUACUGGACCGCACAGAAAACUACAACAUCUUCAGUGAGUAUAUUUUAAGACAAGUCGCAUCAAUGUAUCUCAAGCUUGGAUGGCCAACGAAUAAUUUAAACAAAUCACUUGUUCAAGCAUCCUACCAACAUGAAGAGUUGCGCCGGGAAGUCAUCAUGUUGGCCUGCAGCUUUGGUAACAAACACUGUCACCAGCAGGCUGCAACAUUAAUUUCAGAUUGGAUUUCUAGCAAUAGAAACCGAAUCCCACUUAAUGUGAGAGACAUUGUCUACUGUACAGGAGUUUCACUGAUGGAUGAAGAUGUAUGGGAGUUCAUUUGGAUGAAAUUUCAUUCUACACUAGCAGUUUCUGAGAAGAAAAUAUUAUUAGAAGCCUUAACUUGCAGUGAUGACAGAAACUUGCUUAACAGACUUUUGAAUUUGUCUCUCAACUCAGAAGUUGUCCUGGAUCAGGAUGCAAUUGAUGUGAUAAUCCAUGUUGCUCGAAAUCCACAUGGAAGAGACCUUGCUUGGAAGUUUUUCCGAGAAAAAUGGAAAAUAUUAAAUGCCAGGUAUGGAGAAGCAUUAUUUAUGAAUUCAAAGCUUAUCAGUGGAGUCACAGAAUUCCUUAAUACCGAAGAAGAACUAAGAGAGCUAAAGAACUUUAUAAAGAGUUAUGAGGAGGGAGCUGCUGCCUCUUUCUCUCGUGCUGUGGAAACAGUGGAAGCCAAUGUGCGGUGGCAAAGACUUUAUAAGGAAGAACUAUUCCAGUGGUUAAGAAAAUCCUUGACACACUAAUCUGUCUUUCCAGCUGAACUUUUAACCAGAAGCACUACAAAAGGAAAAGAAGUUUAAGAAGUGAUCAGCAUUAAAAUCAUGAAGACAAGAUCAAAUUGCAGGGAGUUUUCUUUUUCCUUUUUUUUUAAUUAUGGGUUGUUUUGUUUGUUUGUUUAUUUUUUACACCGGGCUGUUUUGAAACUGUCAAUAAGCUUUUCAGAAGAAAAGGUCAUGAGUGCUUGUGAAAUCUGAUCCUCAGUGUACACAACCAAACAUGAUAUUAAGUGGUGCAUGUAAAUGUUGAAGAAAAACUAGCAAAGAAAAAACCCUUCGAAGACUAUUUUGUGCAUGCUUUUACCGUCUCUGCCUGUAUUCUAGCAUGCUUAUGUAUAAGAGCCACAUUUUAUAUGUGAAUUCCAGUUACGUCAAAGAUGGGCAUUGUACAAAGCACAAAGACUUCUCUACGACAAUCAGUGUUGCAAUGAACAAAAAGAAGGGAAGGAAGAGGAAAUGCAGAAGGAUUCCAUCUUAGGGCAGUAUGAGAUAUAAAUUCAGCUUUCCCACUAGCUGCCAAUUACUCCACCAUUUAGACUGUCUUUUGAUUGUCACAAAGGUGCCAGCUCAUUUUUUGAGUUGCUAGUUGUUGUAGCUGCAGUUUCCAUAUUCCCGUAUUUAAAUUAUCAUCUUGGAGGGGAAGAGAGAGAGAGAAAAUGAGAGAGAAGGACGUCAUUCAUUCAUUCAUGCGCUAUAAUUAUAAAUUUAUUCACUGCUGAUCAGUGAAACCGUGUAACUUUAGCUGUGAACAUAGUCAGUUUCUAUGAGGAGAACUUUGCAUUGAUUUUAUAGAAUCCAUGAAUCACUUCUUCUGAGCAAAUUUACAAGGCAGAGAUAUUCAUGAUGGGUCACCUAACCUGUGCAGUAAUAACUUACACAGCUGAUAAUGCACAAAUAUUGUAAGUCGACAUAGGAUUUAAAUGGAAAUUAGGAAAAGAGGAGAAUAUCUUCCAUUCAAAGACACAAAAUUAACCAACAGCUGUCUCCAUGCAGUAGACCAGCCUCGGUAGUGGUUUACUAACAGACAAAUCCUGUGCUCUAUGUGGGCAGUGUCUUUGCAAAUAUGGGUUGUGCCAUUUAUGCCAACUUAGAAAACUGAAAUAUGGAGAAAGAAAUGUGUGUGUAUUCAUAUAGGAUAGUACCACACA